AGCGCGGACGGUGUUUAGUCGCGUCUCCGCCUCCGCGCUGCUCACUUUCUGCCGACUGCAGUCGAGCACACACAGCCACCGUGAACUCUUCCGAGGCCGGAUGGUAAAAUCCAACCUCCAGCGGAUCCUAAACAGUCAUUGCUUUGCCCGCGAGAAAGAAGGAAAUAAACCGUGUGAGACUAGCAUCAUCAUGGAGGCACUCAGUAACAGUAUUAACGACAUGAUGGGGAGUCUGUCGCUGUGCUGUAGUAGUUCCACUGGUCCGGGGCCUCUGUGGUGUUCCGAUGUCCCUCACCCACCUCUGAAGAUCCCAGGUGGGCGAGGGAAUGGAGCACGGGAUCACGCAUCCACCACAGCACCACCACAGCAGCAGCAGCUGUACUCCGACAGGAAGUUGACUGUGACCGAAGAGCCCGCUGGGGCCGGUCGCCCCCGGAUACUGCACUUCCAGAGCCGGCCCACCGUUUCCCGGGUGAUCCAAUGGGAGGCGGUGCUUCGAGGCCCCGCCCUGUUUGUGGAGCUUCCCUGCGAACCGUUUCCAGAGGGCAGCAAAGAGAGCUUCGUCUCUCUGCUGGAGUUUGCUGAAGAACAUCUGAAGGUCAUCAGUGUGUUCGUCUGCUUCUAUAAGAACAGAGACGACCGAGUGAAACUGAUGCGUACGUUCAGCUUCCUGGGCUUUGAGAUGGUGAAACCGGGCCACGCUCUGGUCCCCGCUCGACCUGACGUUCUCUUCAUGGCCUACAACUUUGACAGGGAUUCCUCGGAUGAAGACUAGCCUCCUCUCAUUCCUCUGAGACGCUCUCCGUCUGCAGCGUGUGGACCGCUCGGAUCGUCUACAGCUUCAGACGGAGCUCAGCGUCCAGACCGUGCUGUUCUCCGCUUGCUUUCAACGCCCUUGGUUUGAUUUUCUGGAGUCUACAAAAGCUCAUUUCUGUGUUUUUGGAUGUUCUGCUCUUCAAGGUUAAUAAUAAGUGUACUCUGUUUUGGCGCACAAGUUGUGAUUAAUUAGUGUAAUCAACUGUGCUAUUUUAACUGUGAAUAUUACCUCAAAUGUGUUUUUAACACACUAUAUAACUGUAUUUAAUCACUAUUUAUAGUGCACUAGUGAAUGAAAGAUGGGUGACUAAAUGCACUUCUAAUUCAGAGAGUUUGUUAAAAGCACAUUUUAGUUCUUAUUCCUGACAUCCCUAAACAGCACAGUUGAGUACACACACACUGCAAAAAAUGAUUUUCUUUCUUAGUAUUCUUUUUGUUUUGUUUUUUUAGUAUAAAUAUCUAUAAGUUCUUGAAUCCGGAUGCAUUUACUUGGAGUAAAAUGACUGUUUUCUGAAAAUAUUAUCCAAAUUAGGUUAGUUUCUGCCUAAAACGAGCAAAAGUAUCCACCGAUGGAGUAAGAAAAAUCCUCUUAAAUCAAAGGCCAAACCCGGUGAUUUUUCUUACCCCAUUGGUAAGGUUUUUCUCUUCUGUUUGACGUUUAUGGUCAGUUUUUACCUCGGAGUGUGUUGUUUGUUACACAUGUUCUGGAGUGAUGAAUCGGGAGCAUGUGAUUGAUUGAUUUUCUCUCUGAAUGUGGUACAAACCCUGAAGUCGAGGCGUCCGAAGCGCUCUUCUCCAGCGGUCCUGUCCUGAUUGUGUACAUCAGAAGUGUUUAGUCUUUCACUCUUAUACUCGCGUUCCUCUCCAUACUUUAUUUUAUUUUCCACAUAGUUUUGAGCCUUUUUCUUCUCUGUAGUGGUACAUUAUACAGCUUCUGUGAUAAUAAAACCAUUAUUUAAAGAC